AUGACUUUCGCUACGGUUUCGAGGAAGCUGAAGAAUGCUGCCAGGAUCAUACUGGUCGGAGCACCUGGAGUGGGCAAAGGGACACAAUCAGAGCGACUGAUGGCACGCUUCCCCCAACUGUCCUCCAUCGCAACUGGAGAUCUUCUACGUGACAACGUCAAUAAGAAGACCAACCUAGGACAGCAGGCCGAGACCUACAUGAACUCGGGAGGCCUUGUACCCGACCCUUUAAUCCUGAACCUCAUCCUCACCGAACUCACCUCUCGAAAAUGGUUGGAAACCGCAGAUACAAAUGACAACAUUAUCGCCGCACUUGGACGUGGAAACGGGUCAGCAUCGUCGGCGGUGACGGUAUCCAACAAUCCCAACACAUCGUUCAUCCUCGAUGGAUUCCCUCGCACCGCUUCGCAGGCUGAUGCUCUAUCGCAUCUACUCCCGAUCAAUUUGGUGUUUCAAUUGGUCACUCCCGUGGAGAUCAUUCUCUCCCGCAUGGCAAACCGAUGGGUGCACACGGCUUCUGGAAGGGUGUAUAAUGUGGGAUUCAACGACCCUCAGGUGGCAGGCAAAGAUGAUGUGACGGGCGAGCCAUUGGUACAGAGAGAAGAUGACAGCGAAGCCACAUGGAGAAAGCGACUGGCCAAAUUCGACGAGACCAGCAAGAGCCUAUUGGACUACUAUCGUAAAGAUGGGCUGGUGGUUCGGGUCCAAGGCAACAGCAGCGAUGAAAUUUCACCCCAGAUAUUUUCGGAAAUAGAGGACAGAUUCGGUACAUAA